AUGCCCCGGGGCCUUCGGGCGCAAGCCGACGAACUCGAAGCAUGGUGGACUCGCGACACCAAAGAAGCCGCUCGACACAACAUCAAUGGCAAGAAACUUGAGGAGAAGGAGGGUGGCGCCUCCACCAUCGAUGAACUCUUCCAGAAGACCUGCGAAGAAAUGGAAGCCGAGGCCGAAAAGGCUGAGUCUGGUGAGGCUGCCGACCCUGAGUCUUCCAUUCAUAUACUCGCGUGUCGGUCGCUGGCCAUUUCUGGAUCGGGUUUGAUGCUUGGGGUUGUUGUAACAUACAAACUUAGCCCGCGUUAUCCAGUCGGUUCAAACGUACACACACUGCUAUCACGCUCAUUACAUUUCAAGUCAAGUUCCAAGUCAUCAAACAAGAACAUGGCUUCAACUGCUCGUGCAGCCCUCAAGCGUACACGCUCUACAGCGAGCUUGAACGAUGCCGCCAAAAUCCUCUUGCGGUUCCCCUCCCCGCUGCAAGCCUGCAACAACACUUUUCUUUUUCGUCAGUACGUCCUUGACCUCCAUCAUGCGAAACCCGACCAUGUCACUAACACGCAGUUUCCCACACGCACAGCACUUCAAAAUUUCUCAACUACUUCCGAUUCUAUCAAUGUGGCCAACAAGAAAACCAACCUAAAGGCCGGCAAGGCCGGGAAAUCUAAAUCUGCGCGCAGCGUCUCUUCGGAGAUGAAGGUCGACGGAAACUCCCUUCAAGGGGUUCGCGGUCCGGCCCGGGUUAUCGUGGAUUAG